AGAUGAACUGUUUAUUGUAAAUCCCAUUUCGUUUUUGAUUCCUUCCAUAAUGAUAGAUGGGUUUUUCAUUUAAACUCAAAAACCCAUUUCAUCUACAAAGCUCACGAUUCAUCGAAGCGUGGUUAACUCGUGGAAACUCGUGAGAACCACAUGAUUGAGCACUCCCAAGACUCCUCCCACGAGAUGGGCUCGCUGUUCGAUUGGCCUGCAUGGUUCAUUGCUUAUAGAGUACCAUUUGGAGCUUCGUGUUUGGAGCAGAAUUUUGAAUAUCUUGAUUGUUUCUGUUCUGGGGGAGGCUUUUUGCACAGAAGGGUAAGUAGGUAAAGAUUAUCUGCUGGUAGAAAAAAAAAAUAUCGGUUUAGUUGAAAGAAGUUGGAUAAUUUCACGAAAGUAUUCAGUGAACUUAAGGAUUUUCAGUCUAUUAAUCAUGGCCGAAGAAGGAAGUGUCCCACCACCAGAACAUAGAAACUGUACUUGGCCAAUUCUUGUUUUCUUCAAUAAUGCUAGGCUUGUUUUCAAGAUGGAUGAACUCGGAGUGGAGAUUCUACAGAUUGCACUUCCUGCAGCACUGGCCUUGGCUGCUGAUCCCAUUGCUUCUCUAAUAGACACUGCAUACAUCGGACGGUUAGGUCCAGUGGAUCUUGCUGCUGUGGGAGUUGCUAUUGCGAUUUUCAAUCAAGUGUCAAAGGUUACUAUAUUUCCACUUGUCAGCUUGACUACUUCUUUCGUUGCUGAGGAAGAUACCAUGACAAGAUUAAAUAUGAAGGCUGCCAUAAUAGCGGAGGAUUCCGAUGUAUUACCCACCAAAACUAAUGAACAGAAACAGUUGAUGCCAGUAGAUGGCGAGCCAGAGAACACUAAAAUGGUCUCUAAUAAGGACAUCGAGAAGAAUGAGCCAACCACACCAGAAGAAGAUGUGGAACUAGAAAACUUGGAAAAGGGUGUGGCAUCAACUGUUAAGCCUACCGAAUUGAUGUUAGGAAAUUCUGAGACCGUUGAAGACAAACAACCAAUGGUGGUUAGUAGCAGCAACAAGACAGUUAAGUCCAAAUCAAGAAAAGAGAAACGACAUAUUCCAUCAGCAUCCACUGCACUUCUUCUGGGUGGUGUCCUUGGCCUCCUUCAGACCAUAUUUCUCAUUUUCCUAGCAAAACCAAUCUUGGGUUUCAUGGGAGUCAAAUCUGGAUCUCCUAUGCUAAAACCUGCACAAAGAUAUUUGACAUUAAGGGCUUUUGGUGCGCCUGCUGUUCUGCUCUCCUUAGCCAUGCAAGGAGUUUUUAGAGGAUUCAAAGACACCAAAACUCCAUUAUAUGCCACAGUCGUCGGAGAUGUGAUGAACAUAAUAUUGGAUCCGAUAUUUAUGUUUACAUGCCGUUUGGGAGUCAGUGGUGCUGCUAUCGCCCAUGUGCUUUCUCAGUACCUAAUUGCAUUGAUCUUGUUGUGCAAAUUAGUCCAAAAAGUUGUUCUGUUACCUCCAAGCAGCAAAAAUUUGCAGUUUGGCCGGUUUCUUAAAAAUGGUGUCAUGUUAUUGGCAAGGGUCAUAGCCGUGACCUUCUGUGUGACUCUUGCAGCCUCAUUGGCUGCAAGGCUUGGGACUACACCCAUGGCUGCCUUCCAAAUUUGCUUGCAAGUUUGGAUGACAUCAUCAUUGCUGGCUGACGGGUUGGCAGUUGCUGGACAGGCAAUUUUAGCUUGUGCAUUUGCUGAGAAGGACUAUGAAAAGGCAACGGCUGCUGCAUCUCGAGUAUUACAGAUGGGAUUUAUCCUUGGUUUGGGGCUUUCUGUGGUUGUUGGACUUGGAUUGCAAUUUGGGUCAGGAAUAUUUACCAAGGACAAGAAUGUUAUUUACUUCAUAAGCAUUGGCAUUCCGUUUGUAGCUGCAACUCAACCGAUAAACUCAUUGGCCUUCGUAUUCGAUGGUGUAAACUUUGGGGCAUCGGAUUUUGCUUAUUCUGCUUAUUCCAUGGUUGCCGUGGCUCUAGUGAGCAUUGGGUCGUUAUUUGCUCUCUCCAAGACCAGUGGCUUUAUUGGAAUAUGGCUUGCUUUGACCAUUUAUAUGGGCUUGCGCACCUUUGCUGGCAUUUGGAGGAUGGGAACUGGAACUGGACCUUGGCGUUUCCUCAGAGGUCGAACAAUGAUUUAGGAUGGGAAAAUUUUGACUUAGAUAGCUGUCAUUUCUUCGAAUAUUUUUGCUAUUAGGAGUGUUGUUAACUCGACUUAAAAGCUAUAUCUUCGGAUUAUGAUAGUGUUCUUUGUUUUGAAUUUGGUUGUUCAGUUGAAUAUUGUUGUAUCAUGAGAUAGCUAUGCAGUAAGCUCAUGUUAAUUAUGGAUUAUGUCUUGAUAUAUAAUAUAUCUAUUUUAAUGCAUUUCUUUAUUAAAAUA